AUGGCCAUGUACGAAAUUCCAGGUAUGCUCGGGAAUGCUGUUCAUGUAAAAGACAAUGUCAAAGGCACAAUGCGAAUGCUGAUUGAGAAAGGAUGGGAAGAUAAUGCGUUUAAUCAAUUCGUUAGUGAUCUGAUACCCGUUGACCGUACUUUACCGGAUUUAAGAAACGAAUGGUGCCUCAAAAGGAAUUUAUCAAAUAACUUACCAGAAGUAACUGUAGUCAUUUGUUUUCAUAAUGAAGCUUUGUCAACUCUCUUACGCACAAUACAUUCUGUACUAAAUAGAUCGCCACAGCAUCUAUUGGCGAGGAUCAUUCUGGUUGAUGAUUAUUCUACAAUGUUUCAUCUCAAAAGUCGUUUGGAAGAAUUCGUUAAAAAAAUACCUAAAAUAAUUUUAAUCCGUACAAAACGAAGAGAAGGACUCAUUCGAGCACGGAUAAUAGCAAUGAAGCGGGUUUUAACGCCAGUCGCCUUAUUUCUUGACAGCCAUUGCGAAUGUACUGAAGGAUGGUUAGAGCCUCUAUUAGAGCGAAUAGCUGAUAAUCCAAAAACUGUUGUAAGUCCAGUAAUUGAUCAUAUCGAUACAACAACAUUUCAAUAUAUACCUCAGGACCCUGAGUAUCUUCAGAUAGGUGGGUUUAAUUGGAACUUAAAAUUUAUAUGGAGAUCAAUUCCCCAUAAUAUACGAGCACAAAGACAAAAUAUUUUUGAGCCAAUCAAGACACCAACUAUAGCAGGGGGUCUAUUUGCCAUUGGUAGCAAAUUCUUUAAAGAAUUGGGAUAUUAUGACGAAGAAUUUGAUAUAUGGGGUGGAGAAAAUUUAGAGUUAUCUUUUAAAGUGUGGAUGUGCGGUGGUUCCCUAGAGAUCAUUCCAUGUUCUCACGUGGGACACAUUUUUCGUGAUAAAUUUCCUUACCAUACGACAAAAGGAUCUUUGAAAAGGAAUUCAGUGCGAUUGGCAGAGGUGUGGCUUGAUGAAUAUGCUAAUUUUUAUUUCCAAAGAAUUGGAUAUUUAAAAGGUGAUUAUGGAGACGUUUCGAACAGAAGAGAAUUGCGAAAAAAGUUAAAAUGCAAAUCCUUUGAUUGGUAUCUACGCGUCGUGUAUCCUGAAAUGAAGAUAUCCAAUAACAAUGCCGCUAGCGGACAGGUACAUUUGAAUUAG